AUGGGUUUCUUGUUCGCCGCCAGGGGCUGCGUUGUCGCUGCCGCUCUCCUCUGGCUCUGUGUGAUCCUUCCAUGCCACGCGAAGCUCUCCACCAGGUUCUACGCCAGGACGUGCCCGAACGUGGAGGCCAUCGUGCGGUCGGUGAUGGCGCCGGCCGUCGCCGCGGAGCCGCGGAUGGGCGCCUCCAUCAUUCGGCUCUUCUUCCACGACUGCUUCGUCAACGGAUGUGACGCGUCGAUCCUCCUGGACGACACGCCGACCUUCACCGGCGAGAAGAACGCCGGCGCGAAUGUCAACUCUGUGCGCGGGUACGAGGUGAUCGACGCCAUCAAGGCGCGCGUCGAGGCGGCCUGCAAGGCCACCGUGUCCUGCGCCGACAUCGUCGCGUUGGCAGCCCGCGAUGCCGUCAACCUGCUCAGGGGCCCGACGUGGAACGUGCCGCUGGGCCGGAAGGACUCGCGCACGGCGACCCAGAGCGCCGCCAACGCGAACCUCCCGGGCCCCGGCUCCAGCGCCGCGUCCCUCGUCUCCGCGUUCGCGGCCAAGGGGCUCUCGGCGCGCGAGAUGACGGCGCUGUCCGGCGCGCACACCGUGGGGCGGGCGCGCUGCCUCCUCUUCCGCGGGCGCAUCUACGGGGAGACCAACAUCAACGCCACCUUCGCGGCGGCGCGGCAGCGGACGUGCCCACAGGCCGGCGGGGACGGCAACCUCGCGCCGUUCGACGACCGGACGCCGGACACGUUCGACAACGCCUACUACACGAACCUGGUGGCGCGGCGCGGCCUGCUGCACUCGGACCAGGAGCUGUUCAACGGCGGGUCGCAGGACGCCCUGGUGAGGAAGUACAGCGGCAACGGCAAGAUAUUCGCCGGCGACUUCGCCAAGGCCAUGGUCAAGAUGGGUGGCCUCAUGCCGGCCUCCGGGACGCCGACGGAGGUCAGGCUGAACUGCAGGAAGGUUAACUAA